AUGAAGAAUGAUAUUCGCUGUACAUUUUUCAUAGAUGGCUUUCAUGAUACUGAGGUAGAAAAUGUGAAAUUACUGGAUCGUCAUGUGUGUAAGAAACCUGCUAAUGGGAUUUUAUAUCUUACUGCAACCCAUCUGACAUAUGUAGAGGCUUCUGGUGCAGCCCAGAAAGAAACAUGGAUUGCACUGCUUCACAUUGCCAAUGUAGAGAAGUUGCCCAUCACUAGCCUGGGCUGUCCCCUGAUCCUUCGCUGCAAGAACUUCCAGGUGGCCCACUUUGUUUUAAACUCUGACAUUGUGUGCCAUGAGGCUUAUAAUUUGCUGCUCAAGCUUUCUCAGCCAGCAUUUCUUGAAGAUCUCUAUGCUUUUUCUUAUAAUCCCAAAUCCUCAAAAGAGAUGAGUGAAAAUGGGUGGAAAUUGAUUGACCCAAUAUCAGACUUUGGGCGUAUGGGAAUACCCAACAGAUACUGGACCAUAACAGAUGCCAACAGAAACUAUGAGGUAUGCAGUACCUACCCUCCUGAAAUAGUGGUUCCUAAAUCUGUUACCCUGGGAACAGUGGUUGGAAGUUCAAAGUUCAGAAGUGAAGAAGGCUUACCUGUGCUCUCCUGCCUCUACAAAGAGAACAAUGCUGCCAUUUGCUGUUGUAGCCAGACUUUGUCUGGAUUAUAUACUCGCUGUGUUGAUGAUGAACUCUUGCUAAAGGCCAUUAGCCAAACAAACCCAGGGAGCCAAUUUAUGUUUGUUGUAGACACAAGGCCAAAGUUGAGUGCCAUGGCCAACCAAGCAGCUGGGAAGGGGUAUGAAAAUGAAUACAAUUAUGUCAACAUUCACUUCAGGUUCAUGGGCAUUGAGAACAUUCAUGUACUACGAAACAGCCUGCAGAAAAUUUUGGAAGUUUGUGAAUUGAAAACUCCAACAAUGAGUGAAUUUCUUAGCAGCCUGGAGAGCUCAGGGUGGUUGAGACACAUUAAAGCUUUUAUGGAUGCUGGAAUUUUUAUUGCAAAGGCAGUGAAGAUAGAAAAGGCCAAAGUCUUAGUCCAUUGUUCUCUUGGGUGGGACCACACACCACAAGUCUGGUCUGUGACCAGCAUCCUCCUAGAUCCAUUUUGCAGAACAUUCAAAGGACUCAUGGUAAUAGAGCAAAAGGAAUGGAUAUCCGUGGGCCACAAGUUCUUACAAAGGGAAAAAUAUCCUCUUGAGGCUUACCCCUGCUUCUCAGAAGCUUUGAAAGUACCUUUGUAUUCCUCUGCCCAUAAGCUCUUGCCCCCAGACACCUGUGUUUCUGCAGAACCCUUCCAUCUGUCACCUGCCACUGGUUUGGAUAACCUCCAAUCAGAUAUGCAAAUUAUGACACCAUUCCAGUCAGUGCCCCAACUCCCACACAAUACCCAGUUCUGGUGUGGUAUGUAUAACCAUUUUGAUAAAGGGCUGCAGCCCAAGAAGAGUAUGCUAGACAGCCUCCUGGAAAUUAAGAAGCAGAGAGCAAUGCUGGAGGCAGAUGUGCACAAACUAGAAAAGAACCAGUUCUUCAGGAUUAUCUCUUAUGUGUGUUUUGUACAUCCUACUGUUGUGGCUGAUCUUCAUUUGCCUUUAGUCCAGUUGGCUGUAGUGGCGCACUUUGCCAGUUGUGGGCAGGGUUUGGUACCUGUGCUGUUAAAAGGCCAGUUUGGUACCACCAUGGAAGAAAGCUGUACCUGCCCUCAAUUAAGGAAUUUAUUAUCUCAGCAUCUGGGAAGUCCUUUGACCAAUCCUCUUGGCUUUAUGGGUAUUAGUGGAGACCUGAACACCUUGAUGGAGAAUGGUACCCUGUCCAGGGAAGGAGGCCUCUAAACUCAGAUGCAUCAAGUGAAAAGCCAGGGUACAGACCUUCACCAUGACUGCUGUGGGAUUAUAGGUAGCCUUAGGGCCAUAAACAUUUAUGGGGAUGUGGGAUUCUCUAGAAACAUGGGCAUCUCUGACUCCAGGGACAUCUAUGUGGCCACAGUUAUCUCUGAGGCUAUGGGCUACUCUGGAGACAUCAGCAUCUCUGAGGCCACGAGCUUCGCUGGGAGUAUGGGUAUCACUGGGGACAUAGGCAUCUCCUAGGUCAGCACCAAGGAGGCAGGCUGCUCUAAACAACAGUGA